AUGGUUAUUCCCGGAUUUGAUCAGACAGAGUUCUGUGUUAAUCAAAAUUUUGUUCUUAGCAAGAACAGUGCCACCAAGGCAGCUGCUGCUGUGACCUUCACUGCUGUGAAGCCACAGCCGUUCGUGGAAACUCCGAAGGCUACGGACGCCGUACAGUUCAACAAGGCUGCAUUUGGUGCUGAGGAGGUGAACCGUACAAUGCAUCCCAAGAGGAAGGCUGAUCAAGAGCUCCCUCUCAUCCUCUCUACUCGAGUUAAGAUCGGUUCCUAUUCGCUUCUUGUUUCUGACCUCGCCGACGACUCAGACGUUCUGGCCAAGACUGUUGGAACCAGUUGCGCGAUCUGCAUGGAGACUUAUGAGGUGGAAGCUGCCUUAGUCAAGGCUGUCGCCGCUGGAGCAACCAACGAGUGCGCCACCGCCGGCGGCGAGAGCGCGUGCUGCGGCGGGUGCAUGACUAAGCUGAAGGACCUCUAUGGCUUCAUCUGGCUGAUAUGCUCGCCUGCGAAGAAGCCAGUUGACGUGGUAGCCUGGAGGCCGUCGGAUCUCUAUCCGUCCCUUGAAUUUACUUUUCAAAAUUGUCUUUUUUUGUCUCUGCUUUGCUGGCAUGUGGGCCACCAUUUUCCCCACUCGCAUUCAGAGGCAGCAACGGAAGUAAUCUGCUCCAGGUCUACACCGACGACGCUCCAGGCUUGA